CGUUCACUGCAUCAAACAGACACUCAUACACACCCAUAGAGGGAAAAAAGAGAGCAAAGAAACAUGAACUCUCUCAACAAUGAGGCAAUGCCAGUUUUCCGGCACUUCAGCCACGAGCACCCUUUGGAACUCACUAACUUCAGUGGGGCUGGCACUGCAGUAUGCUCGGCCUGCAACAUUCAGAUAAUAGCUGGCAGGGAUUACUACACUUGCCGAGCUUGUCCCUUCUCUCUUCACCGUCCUUGCUUCAACAUGCCUGAGCGGGUCCAGCAUCCGGCCGAUCCCAGCCAUGACUUGAACCUCCUCAUCACUCCGUGCUUUCACUGCAGAGCUUGUGGACACCAAGGCGCCGGCUUCUCUUAUCACUGCCACUUGUGCCAAGUCCAGUACCACCCCUUGUGCUUGCUCAUGCCGCUCGCAAAGCGGAGUCAUUGCCAUCCCCAUGAGUUGCAUCUGAAGUUCUCUCCUCCUUAUGGUGAUUCCCAGGGCUUCCGCUGCGACAUCUGCGGCAACCCGGGUUCCAACCACUGGCUGUACAGAUGCGAGGCCUGCGAGCUUGACGUCCACCUCAGUUGCUCCUCUGCUGCUUCAGCACCAAACCCUCCCCUCCAACCUCCGGCAGUCCCUGCAAACAAUCAGAAUCCGCGUGUCGUCAAUCACCAGCGCUCAGUUUAAAUGAUCAUCGAAUGAGUUAUUGGAAUGUAAUUGUGGUGUCUUAUCAGAUUGUCUUUCAUCUGACUAUUUAGUUUCACUACUUAUGGGUAGAGCGUACUCAAUAAGUGGGAGCAAUGGAAGUAAUCCAAGGCAGAACAUCCUGCUUCGUCGGGCUCCUUUUCCCUGAGCGAGGCAUGAUAUCUA